AUGGGUUCUUGUACCACAUGUUCCAAGACGGUCAACUACAUCUAUAAUUUCUUCCUCUUCGCCCUAGGUGGGACGGUUGCCGGUAUUGCAAUUUGGUAUUUGCAAUCUGACUGGCGUGACCUCAUGCAAGUCUGGUGGGUAUGGAUUGCCAUGUUCGUCGGCUUCAUUAUGAUCAUAUUCGCUCUACUUGCGUGUUGUGCUACUAAGAAGCAGAAUCGUUGUUUGCUGAUGAUUUACUGGUUGGUGACUGCUGGUCUGUUGGUCCUCUUUGUUAUAGUAGCCUGCGGUGCGAGCUCCUUCUAUGCUACUACUACUAAUUUGAAACACUUGGGCCCCGGUCAGCUCAACUACCUCGGUGGUUCAGAGAAGCACGCCUAUGAUCAUAUCCGUGAUGGUUAUGGUAGCGUAUUCCGUGACGACAACUGUGCAGUGUCUUGCACUCCUGGUAACGUAUUCGUCACUUGCAACCAAGUUACUUGUGACCACCAUGAUAUCGAGGACAGAAUGCAGAAGUGGAUAACUAGUGGAACUACUGUCAACGAUGACGAUUUUGUGAUGCAAAGUUCGAAUGCAUACAAUCAGUGUAUGCGAGAGUCUAUCAAUGCUGAUGGUAUCAAUGGUGAUAGCGCGGCAGCCUCCGGUUUCUGUGCAAGUAACGUUGAGGUCAUUCAAACUGUUAGUUACUAUGCCCUGGGAGCGUUGAUUGGUCUGUGGAUAGUGGCUGUGUGUACUCUACCAGCUGUCUUGUUCACCUGUUUCCUCAUCUGUGGUAAGAAGAAUAAAAAGCAUCCCCAAGAACCCCGUCCUGUUGAAGCGACUUCAGUCCAAGUCCCACCAAGUGGAGUGAAAGUCGUUCAAGUGUGA